AUGGCGCUUCCCGAUCUGGACACGGCCGAGGGGCGCCAAGAGGCUAUCAGCCUUUUGGAUCCCGACUUUCACGGGAUGAUGGAACGAAAAGGGAUUACUGAGGUCCUACAAGCCACGUUGUCAAAUGCCGGUGUGAAAAGCAUCGGCAUAUACAGCGUGAUAGGAGAGACAGCAGCCGACAUCCGCCAGUUUGCAACAGACCAUUGCAAUCUGGAUAGGGGAAGGCAGGUGGUGGCAAUUGCGGGCUUGAUAGACUUGUGGAAUGCCUGCAAGACAAGGAUGGUCACCCGCCACAAGGCCGAGGCAGAAGCAGUCUCCUCGGCAAUGCCGCCACCGCUUAAUAAGACGGAGGCACAGGAUCUGAGGGCCAAGUUUGAAGGCCUUCAUUAUCGGUUGGAGGAUAAGGUGUCUCCAUCGAUUGGCACGCUGGAGUCGCUAUUUGAGCAGAUGGACUCCGGCGAAUUGAAGGUGAUGUCGCUGGUGCAGUUCCUCAGCAAAGAGGACCAGGAGGAGGAACCCUUGCCCAGUGAGAAAGCAGAUGAGCUGAUGAAUGAGAACACAGACAUGUGGGAGGCACUGGAAGCAGCCAUGAAAGACACCACUGUGAAGGAGAGAUAUUUCCUCACCCCAGCGGCACUGGACGCACCGGGGGUCUCUCCACCCCUGGGUCACGAGAAGGAACAUAAGGGAGAGGCAAGAGCAGAUCAGGUGACAGGAGAGUCAUCUGAUAGCAGGAGUGCCUGUGCCGACAAGGACGCCACAGGGAAGCGUUUCACUUUGAAGGUGCUGUACCUGUUUGCAGGUGCAGAAAGAAAGACUUCAGUGGUUCACUACCUGGCACGCCUGGCAGAAAAACAGGGUUGGGCGUUGGAUGCCAGGGAGGUUGAUUUAAAGAGGGGGCGAGAGUUUGAUCUCACUCAGUCUCAGUUGCAAGAUUCUAUCCUCAAAGAGGUUGAACAAGGUUUGUUUCACGUUAUUAUUUGCACCCCACCAUGCAGCACUUGGAGUAGGGUUCGCAUGGCCAACAGGCGAGGACCACCUCCGCUGCGGAGCAAGGAGCACCUGUGGGGAUACCCAUGGGUCAAGAGGCAGUUUCAGAUGGAGCUGGAGCUGGGGAACGAACUGGUAAGAUUUUCCAUUCGAAUUUGGGAGACGGUAGCUGGAAACCCCAGGUCAUGUGACGGUUUUCUUAUCUUUCUCUUUGGGGAGCACCCUGAAGAUCUGGGUCGAGUGGAAAGGGAAGAAGAUGGUCUGGUUUUGUUCCCAGCAAGUAUUUGGCAAAUUGAACGCCUGAGGGCUUUGGUGGAAAAUGAUUGCAACAAUAUUUUUACUAGCCAUUUGUCAAUGUUGCUGGGGUGCUCCAUGGAGGAAGCCGACUCGGCUGCUUGCCACAGCCGUAGGGAUCAAGCAAUGGGGUCCCCACGAAUGGCCUGCUUUUGA